UUUGUCCUCGAUGUCACUAGCCUGCGAAGCGGUUACGCAUGGAAUUGCACAUAUCAGUACGACGUUUGCCACGAUCCUUGCUAGUCUCGUUAAUCCGGUUCUUCUCCAUUCUCUAGCUCCAAUCCUUAAUCUCUCUUUUUUAUUUCGGAUUGUUUCUCCAGCGCGCGCCCUCGUAUAAGCAGUCUUCCUUUUCAUCCACCUCCAGCAAUGGAAUCCAAUCCUUC